ACAAACACAUGUCCCACAUCUCUCGUGACCUACCGGUUAGGAAGGUCGGGAGGGUUUCAACGGCGCGAGGUUCGGACUGAGCUUCGGAAACCCCGGAACCUGCAUUUGCAGACACACACUCAGAGAGAAGAUUUCGUCUGGAUAGCCGUUAAAUUUUUCCCUCUUCGAUUUCCCUCCCUUUUUCACUGAUUUCUGUGGUUAGGGUUUUAAGCUGCAGUGCUGCUACUGCUGCCGAUGGGGAGCAGAGUUCCCGUGGAGCACUACGAUUUGUCAUCCGCCGCAGCCGCCGCUAACUCCUACAUCGGCACCUCAUUGCACGACCCCAAUUCCGGGGAUGAAGUCGCCGACCCCGCCGCCGAUGAUGUCACCGACGAUAACGAUGACCGCUCCUCCGCUGUCGUCACUGUUAGACUGUAUGCACGAGCCUUACCAAAGCUCUUUACCACUUCACAGCAUGGUGGAGGACGAGAGGAGUAGUCUUGAAAAUAAUGGGUCUUCAUGUGGUUCCUACUCAAUUUUGACAAUUGAUGAUGUGUCACCGAUUGAAACAGCUAGGGCAAGGUUUAUGGACAUUGUCGUAAAUCACUUUAUUGAUCCACAUGUUAUUGAGAUGUCGGAUUACGACACUGAUUACAUGGUGCAACAAUCCUCACAGGAAAUUUUAAGCAAGAGGAAGUCCAAAGAGAUUCGAUAUGAAGGCGAUGCACGCUAUGCUUUGCCAUUAAUGUAUGUUGCUAAUCUCUAUGAAACACUAGUCAAUGAAGUUAACAUGAGAUUAUCAUCAAUGAGUGGCAUCCGUGAGAAGACCAUUGGUGUGGCCCUUGAAGCUGCUGGUGGAUUGUAUAGAAAGCUUGCAAAGAAAUUUCCUAGAAAAGGUAGUUGUACAUUUAAGAGAAGGGAGCUAGCAACUUCAUUUGAAACAAGAUCGAAGUUUCCCGAAUUGGUGAUACAGGAGGAGAAGCGUGUUCGUUUUGUGGUGGUCAAUGGCUUAGCUAUCGUUGAGAAACCAACAAAAAUUGGUAUUGAUGAUGCUGAGUGGUUUAAGAGGCUGACCGGACGGAAUGAAGUUGCUGUUUAUGCUAGAGACUACAAAUUUUAUGCUCCAAGGCACAAGUAUAGGCGCGUUGUGUCGAAUUCUAACUCCAGUAUGCCUGGUUUGCCUGCAUUUCCUAGUCCUGAAAAUUCUUCUUCAAUGGCGACUUCUCAAGGCUAUCGAGCAGCAAAUGAAGCACAGUAUCAUCCUAUGCACCCGGGCCAUAACAAUUCUAUGAAUCACAGUUCACAUUCGACUGAGUAUAUGCACGGCCAACAGUGUAUUCCCCCACCUCAGUUGCCUGAAAUGGUUCACAACCAGCAGCCCUCAGCAGUUCUCAACCAUAUAGCUUUACAGUCUCUUGGAGGGCGUCUGCACGCUUUGCCAACAGGUCCGGCAAAGUUCUGCGACGGAUGUGGAAUUCCUUAUCUGAGGGAGUCCUCAAAGUACUGCUCAGAAUGUGGUACCAAGAGGUUAGGGACUUGAAAUCUCCACUCUACAUUCCAUUCUCUCCAAAUUCUCAUAUUGUAACUUACUCUAAAUUCUUGCCUAAUCUAUUUUCUAGCAAAAAUUAAAUA